ACAAUGUCAACGCCCAUUACUAAGGCAGACAGCGCAGACGAUAUGUCGCGCUACGCAUGCCUGUUGCCGUCCCGGACCUUCUGCGCAGAAUCACGUACUUUCUGGAAACCCGACCCAUCGCUGCCCCCACUCCCGCCACCUGGGGCCCCGCUUCAGAACGAACCUUGGCGCCGGCUCCAACUCGUAUCAUGAAAGCCACAAUCUGUGUCCGCCGUAGGUCUCAACAAAUAGCGACGGGAGGCAGCGACGGAAUGUGGUAACGUGGAACGUGCAGCCCCUCAGGGUCCUGAGGCCUUUGCUUCUGCAGCCGUGCAGACGGGUGCGGCCCUGGCGGCUGUGUUAUCCAUGUUCACCAUCCGAUAGCCCGUUUGAACGUCCUCCGUCAACUCGGCGUCCACAAAUGUAUCUAUAUCGGCCUGUACCCGGCAUUACGUUGAUUCGACUUGGACAAAGUUACGCAAUAAUAAGCCAUCAGAUGGUCUA